AUGGCUGCAUACUUCCAGCAUUUCACCUUCCUCUUAAAAAUCGUUCUAUUCACGUUGCUCCUUGUCACAUGCACUCGAUCAUCAUUAACCCAUGAUCAGGAAUGUUUGGCUUUGUACCUGUUUAAGCAAAGUUUUCCUCAUGCAUCAGAGUUUCAAACAUUUGACUCUUGGAAGAUAACAAGUAAUACAUCAAAUGAUGGAUCUGAUUGUUGUUUGUGGGAUGGGGUGGUGUGCAACAACGAAGAAGACGUGAUCGCUCUUGAAUUGAGCGAAAGGCAUCUUCGUGGCCAUAUCAACUCGAGCAGCAGCCUCUUCAACCUUGUUCAUCUUCAGACGCUUAACCUCGCGAUCAACGACUUUACUGGAUCUCAAAUUCCAUCUCAGAUUUCUCGUCUAAAGCAGUUAAGAACCCUCAAUCUCUCUCGUUCUGGAUUCAAUGGUCAAGUCCCCACUGGAAUCUCACAGUUGAUACACUUGUCUUCGUUAGACCUAUCAGGGAAUCCACUACAGCUUCGAAGUCCUAGCCUGGAGAAAUUGGUACAAAAUUUAAAUGGACUUGAAGAACUCGAUCUCUCAGGGGUCGACAUCAGUUCUUCAGUACCUCAUUUCAUGGCCAACUUUUCUUCCUUGAGCUCAAUCGUGCUCUUCAAUUGUUCGCUUCAAGAUGAAUUCCCUUGGGCCGUACUUCAAUUACCAAAGCUGAAAUUUCUUGAUGUGGCAUCCAAUCCCAGCCUCAGUGGUUCCUUCCCUGAGUUUCUUAACAACAGCUUACUUGAGCAUCUGGAUGUAUUAGACACAAGUUUCUUUGGGAUUGUACCAGAAUCCAUAAGCAACCUCCAUCAUUUGACAUUCUUGCGCCUUACAUCAUGUUUUUUCUCCGGGAACAUCCCAGGUUCACUCUCCAACAUGACACAACUCUCUUACUUAAGUCUCUCUUAUAAUGAGUUCGUAGGCCAAGUUCCUUCAUUGUUAAGACUUUCUGAACUCAAUCAUUUGGAACUUAGUGGUAUCCAAUUUGAGAAGAGACGUAUGCCUGAUUGGCUUGGCAAACUGACAAAGCUUAAUAACUUGUAUCUGAAUCGUAUGAACUUAGAUGAAAUCCCACCUUUUCUUUCAAACCUAACCAAACUUAGUCUUGUCAUGAUGGAAGAUAAUUCCAUUCAUGGUUCUAUCCCAUCUUCAUUUAUGAACCCAGUGGCGGACGCAGAAAUUUUUUUUAAAAGAGGGGAGAGCUCGAGAGCGGAGACUGGAGAGUGGAGAGCACACACAGUGACACAGAAGAAGAAGAACAGGCUCGCAGUCGCUGCGUCGCAGCCUCUCCUCGCAGUCGGUAGUCGGCUGUCGGCGUCGGUCGGGCCUCUCCUCGCCGUCCGCCACAGGCCACAGCGGCGACAGCGCCACUGGAAGUCUGGAUCUGGAUGA